AUGAAGGUGAGACAUUCACUUCACAACCAUAGGUUCCACCACACUCACCAUGCCCAUGUCUCUGCAAUUUCUCAAACUUCAUCUUCAUCCACCAACAAUAUUCCACAACAUUGCCACCACCACAGCUAUUACCUUCACCUUCUUCGUUCAUGCAAACACUUGAACCCUCUGCUUCAAAUCCAUGCCCGAUUCAAUUCUAUCACUAACCCAUCUUUGAUUCUAUGGAAUUCUAUGAUUAGAGCUUAUUCUAGACUUCACCAAUUCCAGAAAGCAAUAAACCUUUAUCAUAGAAUGUUAGAAAUGGGACUUGAACCAGACAAGUACACAUUUACCUUCGUUUUGAAGGCUUGUACUGGUGCUUUAGAUUUCCAUGAGGGUGUUGCCAUUCACCAAGAUAUAGCUUCCAGAGAGUUAGAAUGUGAUGUCUUUAUUGGGACUGGUCUCAUUGACAUGUACUGUAAAAUGGGUCACUUAGAUAGUGCAAGAAAGGUAUUUGAUAAAAUGCCCAGGAAGGAUAUUGCUUCUUGGAAUGCAAUGAUUUCAGGCUUAUCUCAGAGCUUGAAUCCUUAUGAAGCACUGGAAAUGUUGUGGACCAUGCAGAUGGAGCGUGUGGAGCCAGACUAUGUGAGCAUCUUGAACCUGGCUCCAGCUGUUUCUAAAUUAAAGGAUGUUGAUUCUUGCAGGUCUAUUCAUGGUUAUGUGGUUAGGAGAUGUAUUUAUGGUGUGGUUUCCAACUCAUUGAUUGAUAUGUACUCUAAAUGUGGUGAGGUAAAUUCUGCUCGUCAGAUUUUUGACCAGAUGCAGGCUAAGGAUGAUGUCUCAUGGGCAACAAUGAUGGCUGGAUAUGUACAGUAUGGCUGUUUUUUUGAGGUUCUUCAAUUACUUGAUAAAAUGAAGCGGAAGAAUAUGAAUAAAGUAUCAAUUGUAAAUGCCCUUUUGGCUGCUGCAGAGAUGAGAGAACUAGAGAAAGGAAAAGAAGUUCAUAAUUAUGCUUUACAGCUAGGGUUAAUGUCAGAUAUUGUUGUUGCUACCCCUAUAAUAAGCAUGUAUGCAAAAUGUGGUGAGCUGAGUAAAGCUAAAGAAUUGUUUCUGAGUCUUGAAGGAAGGGAUUUGGUUGCUUGGUCUGCUUUUUUGUCAGCUCUUGUCCAAGCAGGGUAUCCUGGAGAAGCAUUGUCUAUAUUCCAAGAGAUGCAGCAUGAAGGUUUGAAACCAGACAAAGUGACUCUUAUAAGUCUUGUUUCCGCAUGUGCAGAAAUUUCAAAUCCCAGAUUAGGUAAGAUGGUGCACUGCUAUGCUAUUAAAGGUGAUAUGGAGUCUGAUAUCUCAACCGUAACAACCCUUGUCUCAAUGUACACUAGAUGUGCAUUAUUUAUGUAUGCUAUGAAGCUAUUCAACAGAAUGCACUAUAAAGAUGUUGUGGCAUGGAAUACUUUGAUAAAUGGGUUUACCAAAUAUGGUGACCCACGUCUUGGAUUGGAAAUGUUCCAUAGGUUACAACUAAGUGGGAUUCAACCAGAUACAGGAACCAUGGUGGGUUUGGUUUCAGCUUGCGCCCUUCUGGAUGACCUAGAUUUGGGAAUCUGCUAUCAUGGGAAUAUUAAAAAGAGUGGGUUUGAAUCUGGCAUUCAUGUAAAAGUGGCUCUAAUAGACAUGUAUGCCAAAUGUGGGGGCCUUUCUUCAGCGGAAAACUUGUUUCACUUAACCAAGCAUGCAAAGGACGAAGCAAGUUGGAAUGUGAUGAUUGCUGGGUAUCUGCAUAACGGAUGUGCCAAUGAAGCAAUUUCCACUUUUAUCCAGAUGAAAUUAGAAAGUGUGAGGCCCAAUUUAGUCACAUUUGUGACCAUCCUUCCAGCUGUAUCAUGUAUGUCAGCAUUAAGAGAGGUCAUGGCUUUUCAUGCCUGCAUAAUCCGAAUGGGAUUUAUAUCUAGUACCCUUGUCGGAAACAGUCUCAUAGAUAUGUAUGCUAAAUGUGGACAACUUAGUUAUUCUGAGAAAUGCUUCCAUGAGAUGGAAAAUAAAGACACUAUCUCAUGGAAUGCAAUGCUUUCAGGUUAUGCAAUGCAUGGCCAAGGUGACCUUGCCCUCACUCUUUUUUCACUUAUGGAAGAGACUAAUGUCCAUGUUGACUCUGUUUCCUAUAUCAGUGUAUUAUCUGCCUGCAGACAUGCUGGUUUAAUUCAAGAAGGAAGGAACAUUUUCCAGUCUAUGUGUGAAAAGCACCAUCUUGAACCAAAUAUGGAACACUAUGCUUGCAUGGUUGAUCUUUUUGGCCGUGCUGGUUUAUUUGAUGAAGUUUUAAAUUUAAUUAAUAAAAUGCCAGCAGAACCUGAUGCUCAAGUUUGGGGCGCCCUCCUGGGAGCAUGUAAAAUUCAUUCCAAUGUGAAGUUAGGAGAGGUUUCCCUCCAUCACCUCCUUAAACUUGAACCAAGAAAUGCAGCUCAUUAUGUAGUUUUGUCAGAUAUAUAUGCUCAAUGUGGAAGGUGGACUGACGCCAGAAGAACAAGAUCAAAUAUGAUUGACCAUGGGUUGAAGAAAAGUCCUGGAUAUAGCUGGGUUGGAGCUCAUAAACAAGAAGUGCAAAAGAAGCCUAUAAGAAUCACCAAGCUGUAUAAUCAUUUGGAGGUGUUGAAGCAAAAACAACAUGAAGUUAAUUCAGCUAGUGGGUUGAUCAAAUUUGCUUUUCAGAAGGCACCUAAGAAUGAACUUGAUUCAUCAUUCUUCAACUCUGUGUUAACUGUAAAUCAUGGGGAUACCAGAAUAGGAGCUGUGAAACGAGGCAUACCAUGUUGGGGUGAGGAGAGAUUGCAAGGAUGCGUCGUGAAGCAGGCUGCAAUAGUUGAUACAUCCAAUGAAAUUGAAGGUGAUGAAGAUGUUCCUCGUGUAGGUACAGGCAGAGAAAGAAGGAAGCAAGCUCCAAAUCGUAAUUAUGCACCUGAAGCAUUAGGAGCCAAUCCCACAGCUCGAAGAGGAGUUUAA